AUGCUAUAGAAAAUAAACAAGGCCAUCAGAAGCUAUGACAAUUUUGGAGUUCCACCUAAUCUCAAUAUAAAUAAACAAUAAGAGUAUAAAAGCGUUUGCGGUGGAGUGCUAUCUCUUAUGAUGACAGUCGUCUUGAUUUACAUUCUCAUCUCUGGUUUAAUUGGCGUCUUUCAAAGAGAUACGUACACUAUUGAAGUCUAAUAACUGUAAGAUAUGGAUCCAGAUCUAAAAGAAAUGAAUAAUUAAAACUUUAUGUUCGCCAUUAAAGUGGACAAUCCGUUUAUCGAUAGGUUUCCCAAUAUAUAAAAAAACCCCUUCUCCAUCUCUAUGAGUUAAGUUUAAAUUGAAACCUAAAAAAAUGGGACCAGAACUAAGAAUAUCACUAAAACAUAUACAUUGGAAACUUGCACCCCUCAGCAUUUUCCUUCUAUAAAUUUUGAAGAAUUUCACUAAAUUGAAAAUUAAUUAAGUUAGUAUCUUUGUUUACCAACAGAUUAUCGAUUAUGGCUAUAAGGUACUUACAGUUCUUAUGUUAUGUAAUUUCCUAAAUUAUCCAUCUCAUUAUGUAAAUCAGAGGACUGUUAUUCCUAAUCAGAAAUUUUAGAAUUGGCUAAGAAUUCCUCAAUUAUGGUAUCUCUCUCCACCAUCAUUUAAUCAGCUAUCUUCAUGGCAAAUUAAACCGAUUACCCAUUAUAUUAAUACUUGAAUUCUGAUUUCUUUUUAGCCACUAACUUCGAUGCUGAAUCUACAGCUGAUAUUUUUUUUGAAUCAAACAAAAUAGUCAAUCAAAAUAGCAUAUUUAGUUUUUAUAGUGAUGAUGAAAUAAUUGAUUAUUGGAGAAAUUAAAGUAAGUUUAUUUUAUCAUAUCCUAGAAUAUUUAAUGAUAUUCCAGGAUCUCUAUUCUCUGUUAUCUUUAGAUUAAGCUAAGAAUUCAAAUAAACAACGAAAAAAGUCAAUACCUUGGAUCAAUUUCUUUCAUAUUUCGGAGGUAUGUUAAAAAUCAUAUCUUCCGUUUUUGGAAUCAUCGCAUUGCAAUAUAAUUCUAUGGGACUCAAACUAUCUUUAGCAAAUAAAUUAUACUAAUUUAAUAUACCAGAAAAUAAGAAUGGUAAAGUUGAAUUUUCAUAUGACAAACUCCUAAAUUACAUUUAAAAGCAAAUAAAUAAAAUUGAUGAAAUGGUAACAAAAUUAAAAAGCCACACCAUUCAUGUAGUUCAAAUGAGUAAAAUUACUAAAGCAUUCACAAUAAAAAACCAAUCAAGCCAAAAUAUAUAAAACGAAAAAAAAAAUACAAUAAUUCAAGAAUAAUCCUAAUUAAACUCAGAACGAUUAGAAAAGUAAGAAAAUAAUUUAUACGAAAUAAAAGAAUCUUUCUUGAAAGAUCUAUUUAAUGAAAUAUGUAAUUAACAACAUAAAUUAAAACUGGGAGUCAACUUUAUUUUUUAUUAGUUACUAUGUUGUCCAUGCAUAUAAAAGAUAUAAAUGACAAGAAAAUUGUUAUAGUAGUGUGAAACUGUUAUUUAAUAGGAUUUAGAUAUUGUAGACAUCUUGUAGAAAUUAUAGUAAAUAGAAAAAUUAAAAUAAACUCUAUUGGAGAAAGAAUAAAUUAGGGUUUUUAAUUAUACUCCUAAACCUAUUAUUAAUAUAGAAGACAAUCAAAAGGCAAUAUUAAAUACAGAAGGAGAACCGAGUCAAUUGAUACAAAAAUCGAAUCAUCCGAAAUAUAAUAGAUUGAUUAGAAAUAAAAACUAUCAUUAACCUAAUAAGAUGGUGAAAAUUUAUAAUUCUUAUGUAAAACUUAAAGAGAGCAAUUUUCCUGUAGAUUCAAGGAUAAUCUAAUUAAUGGGACCAGCUAUGGUAUAGAUUUUUGAUAAGUAUUACGAAAUUUAAUCUCUUUAAUCUCAUCAUAAAUAUUUAGAAGCACAUUAAUAGGAUUUUGGAGCUUCUGAUAAAUUGUUAAGUGGCAAUGUCUCACCUCAUCCUAAAAUUGAUGAAAAGGAAAAUGAAAAAAAUGCUAAAGUUCAUUUAAGAACUAAACCAAAAACCUUGAAUGAUUAAAAAAUAAAUUUUUUUGAUGAGUGA